CUCCUUCUCCCAACGUCUCCUCUGCAGUGUGCUGUAGCUCGCUGAGGACUCUGCAUCAUGGAUCGUCCCGGGUGUGUGUUGAUGGCCCGCUCCUUCCUGCUGUACCUCAGCGCUGCAUGGCUCCUGGCUGCAACCUGCGCCCAGCAGAGCAACUUCACCAGGCCGGUCUUCCAGUGUGGCGGUGACCUGGUGUCGGACUCCGGCUUCGUGGGCAGUGAGGACUUCCCCAGCUACUACAAACCCAACAGCAAGUGCACCUGGCGCAUCACGGUCCCCGAAGGCAACGUGGUCAUGCUGACGUUCCGUGUGAUGGACCUGGAGGCGGACUCGCUCUGUCGCUAUGACUACCUGGACGCGUACAACGGCCACUCCAACAUGAAGCAGAAGCUGGGGCGCUUCUGUGGAACGUUCCGGCCCGGCGCGCUGAUCUCCACCAGCAACACCCUGAUGCUGGACAUGGUCUCCGACGACGGGAACCAGGGCCGCGGCUUCGUGGCCUACUUCAGCGGCAUCGCGCCCACCACUGACGAGCAACAGUUCUGCGGGGGGAGGAUCACCAAGGCCCAGGGAGAGAUCACCACACCCGGCUGGCCCAUGAACAAGUACCCACCAGGGACCAGCUGCUCCUGGCUCAUCACCGUGGACCCGGGCAUGGUCAUCAUGGUGAAGUUUGAUAAGUUCCUGCUGGAGGCAGACACCUACUGCCGCUUCGACUACGUGGCCUUCUUCAACGGCGGGGAGAGAGACAACUCCCGACUGAUCGGGAAGUUCUGCGGCGACAGAGCGCCUGAGCCGCUGGUUUCCAACGGCAACGUGCUGCUGGUCCAGUUUGUGUCUGACCUCAGCGUGACCUCCGACGGCUUCUUGGCGAGCUACACCGCCGUCCCCCACGGCACCGCCGUCGACUCCGCCCCCAGGCUGGACCGGCCCGUUACCAGGACGACCACCACCCGCGCCCCCACCACCACCACCCCCGCCCCCACCACCACCACCACCGUGAAGCCCAGGGGGGUGAAGCCCCCCCGGACCCGGACCAGGGUCACACCGGGCCUGAACGGAGCCCCCAGACCCGGGAACGGGAAGAGACCGGUGAUGGGGAACCCGCUGUGUGCCAAGGCCUGCAAGAGGGACGGAACCAUCAAGACCAGCUACUGCGCCAGCGAAUUUGUGCUGACGGGUAAGGUCACGGCCCUGACUCCGGGGCCCCGGGGGUCCGUGCACGUGAGCGUGACCCUCAUCAGGACCUACAAGGAGGGCCGUCUGUCCGUCACCGAGGGCGCCGCCCGCACCGUCAAGAUGGUGGCGCAGUGCAGGAAGUGCCCGGUGCUGAGGAAAGGGGCGGACUACAUCCUGAUGGGCGGGGUCGAUGAGGACGGCCGCGGCACGCUGAGCCACGGGGCCUUCACCGCCCUCUACAAGACCCCCCACGGCAAGCUGCUGACCAGCCUGGGCAAGCAGCCCUGUUAACCAGGUCACUAAGACUACACCACCCACAACCUGCCGACCAGCCUGGGCAAGCAGCCCUGUUAACCAGGCCACCAAGACUACACCACCCACAACCUGCCGACCAGCCUGGGCAAGCAGCCCUGUUAACCAGGCCUACACCAACCACAACCUGCCGACCAGCCUGGGCAAGCAGCCCUGUUAACCAGGCCUACACCAACCACAACCUGCCGACCAGCCUGGGCAAGCAGCCCUGUUAACCAGGCCUACACCAACCACAACCUGCCGACCAGCCUGGGCAAGCAGCCCUGUUAACCAGGCCUACACCACCCACAACCUGCUGACCAGCCUGGGCAAGCAGCCCUGUUAACCAGGCCUACACCACCCACAACCUGCCGACCAGCCUGGGCAAGCAGCCCUGUUAACCAGGCCACUAAGACUACACCACCCACUAGGCCUAACCACCCUCCAGGACAACACCACCCACCAGGCCUACACCACCCACCAGGCCUUCACCACCCAAUAGGAGAACACCACCCACCAGGCCUACACCACCCACCAGGCCUACACCACCCAAUAGGCCUACACCAGCCACAAACGCUUACACCACCCACUAGGCCUACACCACCCACCAGGGCUACACUCAAUCUACACAACCCACCGCCCUGUUAACCCUACCAGGCGUACACCACCCACAGCCAGGCCCUGGUGACCCCAAAACCUUUGAAGGACUGAGACCCCCACACCACCACCACAUUUCACAACAUCGAAAUCCAGGGAUCGUACCAACAAACGAAAACUGUAUUCUAGCAAUAAGAUGUGUUUGUGGCAAACCAACAGUUUUCCCUUCACCGCAGUGGAAUAUACCACUUUGUCUUACGUAAGAACAAAUUCCUGACUUUAAAUUGUAAUUUAUGUAUAAAUAAAGGAUUUAUAAGUCGUUAUUUUAACUGUCGAAACAGUUUGUUACCGCUAAUCAGGACCAUGUGUUCGUAGCGCGCUGACUCGCUGUUCAGCGAUCUCUGUCUCCCUCUGGUGGUCACGGGGAAUAUCACAACGCUUUAUCUACUUCCAGUGCCUUCUCGAAGAGAUAUACACUUCACGGACACGGUGCACGUAAUAUCAUUAUUUGCUCUUCUUGCAUUCAUUCUUUGGAGACUGGACUGCAGUGUCCUGCAAAUGAGAUCCGUUCCAGCUAUCAUGAAUUAUUUUACGUAUGCUUAUGUAGUUGCUAUUCAUUUCAUGUUUCAUUUCCUCACAGCCUCUAGCUGACAUGUGUCCCAUUCUGCGUAAUUUACAUCAUAACCAAAAACAAGUUACGUCACCACCGAGUUCCACACCCUUAUUAGGACGACACGGCUGG